UCGAUGUGUUUGAGAAGAGGCCGGGCCAAUCCCAGCUUUCGGUUGUUAUCUUGAGUUCUCCGGCUGAGUUCAUCCGGGGAUGCGAACGCGAUCGUUCUUUAGUCACUCGCUACGUAUCGUCGCGUGUUAACUCAAUCUCAUUCGCGAUUCACGUCUCCCUUCAUUACGUUUCUCUCGUCAUUACGCGCGUAACGAUACCAUUCAAUUCGACAGCCAUUUCUUUUCUCUUUCUCUCUCUCUCUCUCUCUCUCUCUCUCUCUCUCUCUCAUUUUCCUUUUCCGCUCUUUUUCUCCCUCUUUUCUCUUUUUUCCUUUUUAAACCUCCCUUCUUUUCAUUUUCCUUUUAUUUCGCUUCAUUUUAUUUUUUUUUUUUUUCUUCGAGUGAUCUCGAUAACGCAGCUGAAGAGAGGGUGAGAUUUCGUCGAGGGUGAGCCUUUAUUUUUUUUCGAGGAACAACAGAUAACCGAAAACGAAAAUGUCAUCGAAGGAGAGUAAGAUGGACGAGCCGAUCUCAAAAACGCUUGAACAAAAUGGACGAAGCAUUAAAAAAGAAGAAAUGCAGCUCGAGGAUAUUAAUGACAAUAAUAACGAGAGUAUCGAGGUCGAAAUGGUGGUACCACCGGACGGUGGAUGGGGCUGGGUGAUCGUUGCAGCAUCCUUUCUCUGCAAUCUAUUCGUAGACGGUAUUAUUUUCAGUUUCGGAGUUUUCCUCAACGACAUCACGGAGGCAUUCAAUGUGUCGCAUGCUAGCGUAGCAUUGGUUGGUUCCCUUCAAACAGGAUUCUAUUUAAUGGCCGGACCAUUCGUAUCAGCUUUAGCGAACAGAUAUGGUUUUAGACUGGUAGCAAUACUUGGUAGUAUACUUAGCUGCCUAGCCUUCGUCCUUUCGUACUUUAGUGCGUCCAUAGAGUUUCUUUAUGUUUCCUACGGUGUCCUCGGUGGUAUUGGAGUUGGUUUGAUAUACGUUCCUGCCGUUAUAACAACCGGCUUUUACUUCGAAAGAUGGCGAGCUUUGGCAACCGGUAUCGCAGUGUGCGGCUCCGGAAUCGGUGCCUUCUUGUUAGCACCGAUUUCAGAUUUACUUAUAAAGUCCUACGGUUGGCGAGGUGCCCUCCUUUUUCAAGCAGGAAUGCUGUUGAAUUGCGCCAUAUUCGGUGCGAUGUUUCGACCAUUGAAACCAACGCGAAUCAAGAUAAAACCAACUCAGGAGAAUGCUGUUAUCGAGGCAAAAACAACGUUAAUCGGUAAAGGUGUUUCGACGGCCUCAUUACAUUGUGUUCAACCAAACAGAAAUGGAUUUUUUGGUACCAACAACAACACCGAGUAUCCAACAGCGGCACAGCUUAUUGGCAGCAGUCCAAAUAUAGUAAAUACGUCGAAGUCAUUGCAUUCGCUUCAUAAGAUACACGUGGAGCCGAGAAAUUUGGAAAGAAAGUUGAAUACGUCGGAGAAGAGACUAUCGGCACCGAUAUAUCCCGAUCUCGAUAUCGAUCACGAGGAGACCAAAUCGAUCGAGGAAGAGAACAAUUUACUUGGCGGUGAUAUGGACAGACUUAAUGGCAAAAUACCGACGAUACGCAGACAUACGAUCAGUGGUCGCAGACUUCGUGCAGACUCGGAUUGCAGCCAGAAAUCUUUUAGAACGUGCAACAGGCGAAAUACAACGAGCAAGGAUCCCCAGAGACCAUUCUACAGAGAUGAUAUUUUUUAUGGAGGAUCUUUAAACAGAUUAGCGCACUACAAGUCUCAGCUAUCCUCGGUUGGUUAUCAUAUGUCUGUGACACGAUUGCCAACGGCCACCGAUGUCGAAGAGGAAAAAAGCGGUAGCUGUUAUCUCUGUCCGGAGAGCGUGCGUCGAAUUUUGACGACUAUGCUCGAUCUCAGCCUUUUAAAGAGCCCUUCCUUCCUGAUCCUCGCCAUUUCCGGUGGGCUCACAAUGAUGGGCUUUUAUACACCUUUCAUCUAUCUUCCAGAUCGUGCCAAAAUGGCCGGAAUUGAGGCUUCAUCGGCUAUGUUUCUCGUUUCUGUCGUUGGUAUUGGAAAUACCAUAGGUCGUGUUGCAUGUGGCCUAGCAGGUAGUAUACCUGGCGUUGAUGCUCUCGUUGUUAAUAAUAUAUUUAUCAGCAUUGGUGGAUUAUUAACCAUGCUAUCUGGAUUAUCAUUGACCAAAGGAUAUCAAUUCUUUUACGCCGUCUGUUUUGGUCUCAGUAUAUCCGUGUUCGCAUCGCUGAGAUCGAUUCUCGUGGUAGAUCUUCUAGGGCUAGAGAAGCUGACGAACGCAUUUGGAUUGCUCCUACUGUUUCAAGGCGUGGCAGCGGCCGUAGGCGCGCCUCUUGCAGGAGCAUUUAAGGAUGCAACGGGUAGUUACGAUGCUUCAUUCUAUCUUUCUGGUAGUUUAAUCUUCCUUUCGGCUGCGAUCUGUUAUCCUUUGAAGAGGGUCAAUCAAUGGGAGAAGCGCAGAAACGAAAAUAAGGGCAGUGAUGACUCGUUAAAAUCCUGAUCGAAAGUGAAAGUACGGACUUCGUAUGUUAUAUGUGUGUGUGUGUGUGUAUGCGUAUGUAUAUAUAUAUAUAUAUAUGCAUAUAUACAGUAAACUUAUACAGUAGAACCUUCAUUAUCGAAACAACGUUCUUUUGUAUGGAACGUUAAUUUUUUCUUUGUUUAAAAAAAAAAAAAGAAAAAAAAGAAAAAGAA